AUUCUGCCGUCCGUCCAUUGUGUUGUAUUUCAUUAACGAAAAUUUUACAACGAUGUGGAGGGAAGUGUCCAUUUCACAAAACCCUUAUUUUAUAAAAUGUAGCUUUAAUGAGGACGAUAAUAAUAAGCGUCUUACAUGUAUUUUGUAUGAUCGCAAAGAUUAUCCAUGGAUAGCUGAACAAGAGCUGGGUGAUGUCAAGAGAAAAGUCAAGCUAUUAAAUCGCAGAUAUGAUUUCAAUGAAGAACACAUACGAGCUACCUUUGCUGAAGGUGAACUGCAAUCAGCAUCUCUAGAAAAGGAGGCAGAAAAGGCUGUACUAAAGUUGAAAUAUCGUUUUAAAAAUUGCCCAUUCAAUUAUGAGUGGGCAUUGGUGAAACAAACAAUGCAUCAGUUCCAGGAAGUUGUUGUGAAACCCAUGCUUACGGCACUAAUUAGUUGUAAAGAGCAGAUUGAUAUACUAAAAGAUACUCUAAAGAAAAAAGAUGCAGAGAUACUACAAUAUCGAAGAGAAGGUGCAAUAUUAGGAAGAAAAACUUUGGCCACCAAACUUUUUGACUUCGAUGAGUUUGCCAGAAAAUAUGAAAGCCGAAGCAAAUUGCUGGGGGAUUUCAGUGAAUUGGGAAAAUUCUUAGUCCAAAGUGAAUCACAUGAAAAACGGCUGCCAACUUCAAGUCCCAAAAGGGAGCCACAAAAUCAAACUACAACGACAGAGAAACCAGUCAGUCCUGGACAGAGAAAAAGAAAAAUGUUAAAGCAACAAAUGCUGGAAACUGCUUUAAACACACGUGCAACCACCUUUGAGUAUGAAAGUAGUCAAAGCCAAGGCCUUAGCCAAGAAUUUGAAGAAACAGCUGCCGAUAAUAAUGCAUCGGAGGAGGAAAUUAGCAAUCAGUUUUCCAAGAAGGCAAGAACUACUGAUGUUGAUAUGGAUCAGCAAUCAUCUGGAAGGACAAACUCUUCACCCCGCAAACAAGAACAAAGAAAUGAAAACGUCAAAAGAGAUGAAGUCUCGAAAACUACCAAUGCAAGAAAAACUUUGCAAUAUGAAAAUAGUACAACUGUAAAGGCUGGCACUUCCCCAUCGAUCGAAGGUACAAAAAUCCAUACCAAUAAGGAUAAAUUAAGCCAUUCAUGGGCAAAGACUACAACUAUGGAGGAAAGUGUUAAAAAUACUUUGCAAAACUCAAAAGAAGUGAAAUCUCCAGAAAAAGGAGGACAAAGAAGGAACAAAAUUGUAACCCCAUCCACAUUGGAAGUAAACAACAAAAAAGGCUUCAAAUAUGAGAGUAGUUCCAGCCAAACCACUAACAGCACCAACAGUCAAUUGACGGAAGAGUUUGUGAUAAAUGCAUCAAACAAACAGGUUUUAAAGAACAAAGAAAGUCCUCGUAGUGGCCAUAUAGAAGCAAAGCAGAGAAAGGAGAUGCUAAAUAAUGGUAAAGAUGAGACGGAUAGUGAUACAUCGAUUUCAGCUAUGCCUAAACGGAGGCGUUCCAGACAACUGAGUCUAUCGCAAGAGGAUGCUAAUGAGGUUGUUCGAGGUGACAAAAAAGUUAACAAUGACGAAAAAAGUAUUGAAUCGGACAAAAAUCUAAAAACUUCCCCUAGAAAGGGUAGGCCAUUGGCUGGUAAUUCGGCUGAAAAAAGAACCGAAGGCACGUCGCCUAGAUAUAGUAUAAGAAAGCAUGAAAUUUCUAAAGAAGUUUGCACAGAAAUCAUUAGUGAUUCGGAUUGCAGUGUUAAUGCCCAUGAAAUGUCUUCAAGCAAACGGGGAAAAAGAAAACGGGAAUCCCCUGAUAUGGUUAAAAAUGGCUUGAAAAAUUCACAGGAAACCAGCUCUAAAAGCCCUUCAAUUGGCAAAAAAACUUUUAAUUGUGCAGAACUUAGCGAUUCUGAAAAGGAAGAUAUAGCUGCCUCAAGCCCGCCACGUAAGCGAAGAAUUUGUUUGAGCUUAAAUCGAACUCCAGAGAAAAAACCUAAACCAGGCCUCGAAGCAGUUAGGCAGACUGCUGUAAAAUCAGGCACUGAUACCGACGAACCCUGUGUGGUGGAUAUUUCAACAGAUUCUGAAUAUAAUGAUGUCUCUUACACGCCUGCAUCCAAAAUGAAAAAGAAAACCCUUAUGUCUGCUUUGCAGCAAGAAUCUCCCUCGUUUUUAAUGAAAUCACGAGUAACCCGUUCCUCGCCUCAAAUACUGUCCACUCCCAAGCCGGUGGAUGAUUUGCAAAUAGUGCCCAAUAAGAGUAUAGAGAAGACCGUUAAGGAGAAUACCGAUGCAUUGGCCAUUGGAGAGAUAACUUCGCAGUUGGAGUCCAUACGCAAAGAAUUGGAGUCUUUGGAAGCCUUACGUUUGGCCGAUUUGAAACACCGCACCUGCAAAGCCUAGAUUUAAGAAUAGUCUUUAGUGUUUUUUUUUU